GAGCUGCCUCUGCGCCGGCGCAGUGGGCCGCGCUACAGGCCAGGCCAGGCCAGGCCGGAGCGGGAGGAGGAGAAAGAGAGUGAGAGUGCUGGGUAUGGCGGCGCCCGCAGCUUUGCAAAGGAGCGUGGUGUUCCCCGCGGGCAGGCACACCGCCUCCCUCAUCUUCCUGCACGGCUCAGGUGAUACUGGCCAAGGAGCAAGAGCAUGGAUAAAACAAAUUUUGAAUCAAGACAUGGCUUUUCAACAUAUAAAAGUAAUUUACCCAACAGCUCCUACCAGGCCAUAUACACCUAUGAAGGGAGCGUUAUCCACUGUGUGGUUUGACAGGUAUAAGAUCUCUAAUGACUGUCCAGAACACAUCGAAAGUAUUGAUUCUAUGUGCCGGCGACUUACGGACUUGAUCAAUGAUGAGAUUAAAAAUGACAUUGCAAAAAAUAGGAUACUAAUAGGAGGCUUUUCGAUGGGAGGUGGAAUGGCAAUGCAUUUAGCAUAUAGGUUUCAUCAAGAUCUGGCAGGAGUCUUUGCUUUGUCUAGUUUUCUCAAUAAAGACUCUGCGGUUUACCAGGCUUUGAAAAAAAAUGAAAGUGUUCUUCCAGAAUUAUUUCAGUGUCAUGGAACAGCUGAUGAACUAGUUCUCUACUCAUGGGGUGAAGAGACCAACAAGAUGUUAAAGUCACUGGGAGUACCAACAUCACUUCAUACUUUUCCAAACCUUAAUCAUGAGUUGAGCAGAACUGAAAUAGAAAAGCUAAAAACCUGGAUUGUAAAGAAAUUACCUGUUGAAGCAACAAACGAAUAAAAGAAGAUGCAGUUUUCAUAUACUUUCUGAUUUUUGUGGCUUUAAGAUCAUGCAUGGCAUGUAUAUGGGUGUCCCAUAUACAUUAUAUAAGCACAGCUUCAGGUAGACACUGUUGUAUUCCAUAAAGUUCAUUUAAGUGGUGUCAUGAUGGUGCUGACGAUUAACACUCAUUUUAUCAUGUAGGUUUCUUUUUCUGUUUUCUCAUCCAGUUUUUAAAUAAACAUCCACAUCAGCCUGUGGAAAUUAAUGAC